AUGACCCAACGAUCCUCUAUCACCGUCAAGUCAGGGGGCACUCGGAACUUCAGUACUUCCUCAGUGAACCUCCUCCCAGGCAGCCGGAACAGCUUCAGCUCUGUCUCCGUGACCCAGGGCGGGAAGAGCUUUGGGGGUGGCUUUGGGGGUGGCUUUGGGACCAGGAGUCUCCACGGCCUUGGAGGCAGCAAGAGAAUCUCCGUCAGCGGGGGCUACCGCUCCAACCGGGGCUUUGGUGGCGCUGGCUAUGGGAUGGGUCUUGGCGGUAUAGGGUACAGGGUAGGGGGAUUUGGAGGAGGGAUGAUGCCUGGAGCUGGGGGCAUCCAGGAGGUCACUGUCAACCAGAGCCUUCUGACACCCCUCCACCUGGAGAUCGACCCCUCUCUCCAACGAGUGCGGAAGGAGGAGAAGGAGCAGAUCAAGACUCUCAACAACAAGUUUGCCUCCUUCAUCGACAAGGUGCGGUUCCUGGAGCAGCAGAACAAGGUCCUAGAGACAAAAUGGAGCCUCCUGCAGGAGCAUAAAACCACCAGGGCCAACAUCGAGCCCAUGUUUGAAGCCUACAUCAGCAACCUGAGGCGGCAGCUGGACAGCCUGGGUGGGGAGCGGUCAAGGCUGGAGACAGAGCUGAAGAACAUGCAGGACGUGGUGGAGGACUUCAAGAACAAGUACGAAGAAGAAAUCAACAAGCGCACGGUGGCAGAGAAUGAGUUUGUGAUGCUGAAGAAGGACGUGGAUGCUGCCUACAUGAACAAGGUGGAGCUGGAGGCCAAGGUGGAUGCCUUAAUGGAUGAGAUCAACUUCCUGAGAGCUUUCUACGAUGCGGAGCUGGCUCAGCUUCAAGCCCAGAUCUCUGAGACCUCUGUGGUCCUGUCCAUGGACAACAAUCGCAAGCUGGACCUGGACAGCAUCAUCGCCGAGGUCAAGGCCCAAUAUGAGGACAUCGCCAACCGCAGCCGGGCCGAGGCUGAGUCCUGGUAUCAGACCAAGUACGAGGAGCUGCAGCGCUCUGCUGGCCAGCACGGGGAUGACCUCCGCACCACCAGGAUGGAGAUCUCUGAGCUGAACCGAAUGAUGCAGAGGCUGCGCUCUGAGAUUGAUAACCUGAAGAAGCAGUGUGCCGCACUCCAGGCCGCCAUUGCGGAUGCCGAGCAGCGUGGGGAGCUGGCCCUCAAGGACGCCAAGCACAAGCUGACUGAGUUGGAGGACGCCCUGCAGAAGGCCAAGCAGGACAUGGCCAGGCAGCUGCGCGAGUACCAGGAGCUCAUGAAUGUCAAGCUGGCCCUGGACAUCGAGAUUGCCACCUAUAAGAAGCUGCUGGAGGGAGAGGAGAACCGACUCAUCGGAGAAGGUGUUGGAGCCGUGAAUAUCUCUGUGGUCUCCUCCUCCGGGGGCGGCGGCUACAGCGGGGGCGGCGGCUACGGCGGCGGCUGCUACGGCGGGGGCGGCAGCGGCUACAGCAGCAGCCUCUCCUAUGGCACCGGCAGCCCCGGCUUCAGUUCCACCAGCGGCCGCAGCUUGGGCGGCAGCACCUCGAGCAUGCGCAUCAUCUCCAAGACGUCCACUAAAAAGAGUUAUAGGAGCUAA